GAUUGACUCAAAAUUCAACGGUUUUGUGAAUAUGUCGUGAAUCAAGUCUGCACUGUGAUAGUUUUCUGUAGAAACUCUAGUCAGACACUAUUUGAAGUCAUAUAAAUUGUUGGUGUUAGAAGUCAUCUGCAUCCACGCGAACCCCGAAAGGAAAGCGCUAGAGUUAGCAGAUGGUAUUAGUGAAGUUAGCUAAGCUAACUAUCUAGCCUGAAGCAUGCCGAAUUUUUGCGCGGCCCCAAACUGUACACGAAAGAGCACACAAUCGGAUUUGGCAUUUUUUCGGUUUCCACGGGACCCAGAGAGAUGCCGAAUCUGGGUCGAGAACUGCCGCAGGGCAGAUCUGGAGGCGAAAACAGCAGACCAGUUGAACAAGCACUAUAGAUUAUGUGCCAAACACUUCGACCCAGCUAUGGUGUGCAAAACAAGCCCAUAUAGGACUGUUUUGAAGGAUACAGCCAUUCCAACUAUAUUUGACCUGACAAGCCAUCUAAGAAAUCCUCAUACAAGACAUCGCAAGCGGAUUAAAGAACUUACAGAAGAAGACAUAAAGAAGAUUAAAGAAAGGAGAUUGGCAUCUUCUAUUGAACAGCUUAACUCCAAAAAAGAUGCAGCAGUUGACGAUAGCACAAGCACCAAUGACGACGAACCUCAACUGUCCACAGAGGAGAAGGCGUUUCGUGAAUACCUGAGAUCCUUGUUUGAGGUUUUGGUCAUGUUAGGGAAACAGAGUAUCCCAUUAGUGGCUGACAGAGCAUCCGAAGUUGAAUGCAUGUCCAACAACUUCCAGGCCCUUCUGCAUUACCGCAUGAAUGCUGGAGAUGAAGCUUUGAGGAAGCGGUUUGAGGCGACAGCUGUAAACACAGAAUACCUGUCUGCAACCCAGCAGAGCCAGCUCCUGGACAUCUGUGAGAACACAGUGAGGGAGGAGAUGCUGAUGGAGGUGAGAGAGAGUCGCUUCUUCUCCCUGGUCACGGGUGACCUUGUUGAGUUUGGCAACGAGAAACACCUGCCUCUAUUUUUACGCUUUGUGAAUCAGCAAAACGUCCUCCGAGAGGAGUUUUUGGACUUUAUACUGUUUGAUGGUGAUGAGGCCACACUGGUCGAGAGGCUGGAGGCCCAGCUGACAGACCGUUGGGGGCUUAGCAUGGAGGACUGCCGUGGUCAGGCCCACAAGGCCACUGGUACAUCCACCACCAAGAUGAAAGCUGUGGCAGUAUUACUGAUGGAGAAGUAUCCUCUGGUAUUGCACAUGCCUUGCUCUCAUAUGGCUUUGAACAUCCAUCUGGCCAACAGUCUGCCUUUUCCCAAUGUCCAAGUCGUCAUGGAGACUCUGAGGAGGAUCGGUGCAUUCUUUCGAAUCCCGUUUGCUCAGGAUGAGCUAGAGAACGCUAUCUCUACCCACUACCAGAAAAAUGAAGAGAAGGCAGCUGUGUUAAAACAGGCCUCUGGCUCAGGAUGGACAGAGCAGCACAAUGUCUUUGACGUGCUGCUAGACGUGUUGGAGCCCCUGCUGCUGUGCAUGGACAGCAUUCGGGACAAUGCUGACGGAAAGUUUGCUGACGCUGCCGCGGAGGAUGCAUAUUCAAUCGCAGAAACUCUGGCUGACUUUGAGAUCAUCGUCACCAUUGUUAUCUUAAAGAACGUUCUCACAUUCACCCGCGCCUUCGGAAGGAAUCUCCAAGGGGAAACACUCGAUGUGUUUUUUGCUGCCAACAGUCUGACUGCUGUCCUGCAUUCGCUAAACGAGGUCAACGACAACAUCGACGUCUACCAUGAGUUCUGGUAUGAGGAGGCUGUGAGCGUGGCCACCGUAAUGGCGAUUCCUGUAAAGGUCCCCAGGCUAUUUCUUCGGAAGCAGCGUGCAGCUGAUGUGGGUGAAAUCCAAGCAGAGGCAUAUUUUAAGGAGUAUGUAACAGUCCCUGUUAUCCAUGGCAUCAUGCAGGAGGUGGAGGACAUGUUCUCUGAGACCAACCUCAAAGCUCUCAAGUGCCUGUCUCUGGUCCCAGCUGUCAUGGGCCAAAUGAAGUUCAACACCACCGAGGAGAACUAUGCAGAUGUUUACCGCAACGACCUCCCCAACCCAGACACUCUUCCUGCAGAGCUUCACUGCUGGAGAAUCAAGUGGAAGCACAGGGGCAAAGAGGUGCGCCUGCCCACCACCAUCCACGAAACCCUUCAGCUGCCAGAUGUCAAGUUCUUUCCCAACGUGAACUCCUUCCUGAAGGUGCUCUCCACCUUGCCGGUGCUGAAAUUAGAGGACAACAAAAGUGCGACGGCGAGCGAACGGCUGCAGGCUUAUCUUGACAGCAUGUCGCCUAAGCAGUGGAACAAAAGUCUCGCGAUGCUUAACAUCAACACUCACGUCAAACACGACUUGGAUGUCAUGGUGGACAAAUACUGCAGACUCUACCCGGAGGAUGAUCCUGAAGCUGAGGCCGAGUCUGAGGAAGUGGCUGAGGAGGAUGUGACGAAAUGAUACGACACAGAGACUGAGCGCAGCUGUUCUGGGACAAGAACAAGUCAGUCAUAAACACAUCGUCCGUUAGUGCUGAUCAUUUUAAUGCCAUAGAUGCCAUUUGUAUUUGGUCUCUGAGGCUCCCAAGAACAUUUCAAUUACCCUUGUUUUUAUUGUUUGAGUGAAAAAUGUGUAUAUAUUUAAAUGCAUCUGAGUGUAAUCUUGCAUUGUAAAUAAGUAAGCUAAUUCGGCAGGAAGGAGGAAUAAAUACUCAAUACCUCGUCGAGACUCGAUGAAAACUGCAACACAACAAAACGUCCAGAAUUGUAAGGUAGUGGGCAUGAGCUGUAAACAUUCAGAGCACUGAGUGUCUGUCAGGCUGCUUUCCUAUUAGACGAGCCUCCUCUUUAAUGAUGCCGCGAUCUUAAGGCAACAUUUUGCAGCCUUUUUCUGCUUCAUUUAUUUUAUUUGUUCAGUUCAGCAGAUGGUGGUUUUUGUGCACAAAUUAUCUGACAUAAACGGCUCAUUUACUGUCAGCAUUUAUUUUAUUUUUUUUUUAGUGAAUGUAAGUAGCCCCAGUACAUGGAUGCCACUAUGAGGCAGGAAGAGCACCAGAGGGAGCAGUUACACCAACACCAGCAGCAUCCCUGAAUUCAUACUCUCAUUAGGAAGCCAUCUUUUUUUUAUGUACAAAUAAAAAGCUUAUACUGAUAGUGUGACAUAUUGUGUAUAGUUAAAGGGCCUGUGUGGUGACAGAUAACCUCUUUAAAGGGUGCGUUCUGGUUGGGGUAGUUCUUGAUCAAACUUCUGUCUCAACACGGUGAAAAUAGCAUUCUGUGAUGUAGUAACAUGUACUGUUUUGCAGGAAGAGAAAUACAGGAAAUAAGAUGUAGCAGUCAUUGUAUGUUAUUGUGGUAAUUAUGACGAGAUGCCCUCUUUUUGCUGGCAGCCAAUCUAUUCAUUAACUUGUUAGAUUUUAUAUGAACCUUCACAUUCUGUUCACAGUUUGGUCUAAUAAAAUCCUUUGUGCAGAGCGCAGAAAUGAAGGCACUAGAGGGCAAAAUGCGUCUUUGUUUUCCUCUUGCUUCAGUUGUGCGCACUUGGCUCCAUCCAUCCAGUUACCGCCUUAAAAUGAAAAAUCACAUUGAAAACAUGAACGUGUA